UUUGCUUUCCUCUCUCUGUCUUGUUUCUCUUGUCUCUUCUUUGCUCAUCUCCUUCUCUCUGUUUGUUUUGUUGUAUGCUUGUGAAACCAGUAACUAUGGUGGCUAAGAAACCCAGAAUCGUUAUCAUAGGAGCAGGAAUGGCGGGGUUAACAGCUGCUCAUAAGCUUUAUAGUGCCACCGCUGGAACAGAGCUAUUUGAGCUCUGCGUUGUGGAAGGAGGUGACAGAAUUGGUGGGAGAAUUCAUACAUCUGAGUUCGGUGGUGACCGAAUUGAGAUGGGUGCUACCUGGAUCCAUGGCAUCAUAGGAAGCCCCGUUCACAAGAUUGCACAAGAAAUCCAUGUGUUGCAGUCAGACCAGCCAUGGGAGCGCAUGGAUGGGUUCUCUGAAGAAACAGUUACAGUUGCUGAAGGUGGGUUUCAGCUCUAUCCCUCUAUCAUCGAACCCAUUUCAACUCUUUACCGAAAUAUGAUGGAGUUCGUUCAGGGGAAACUGAGUGAAGCAGAGCUCACUGAAAACAGCAGCAAUGGCGGUUUCGAUGUCGAUUACCAUGAGAUUUCAGCUCAAGCUCUUGAAAUGUGCUCCCAUAAGAAGGGUCUCGGCAUUGGUUUUUUCCUCCGACGAGCACUUGAAGCUUACUGGGUUUCCUUGAAACAGAGAGACGACGUCAGAGGGUAUGGUAGUUGGAGCACGAAGCAGCUCCAAGAAGCGAUCUUUGCGAUGCACGAGAGCACGGAGAGGACUUAUACUUCGGCAGCGGACCUCUCAACCCUGGAUUUCAAUGCUGAGAGCGAGUAUCGUGAGUUUCCAGGGGAACAGAUCACCAUUGCCAAGGGUUACUUGAGCAUUGUGGAGUCGCUAGCGUCAGCACUUCCCACGGGUUUGAUCCAACUGGGUAGGAAGGUGAAGAAAAUCGAAUGGCAACCUGAAGGUGUUGUGAGAUCGUUGGAGAUGGAGUGUAAUGGGGAUUGUAGCAGCAGCAGCAGCAGGCCUGUGAAGCUCUGUUUCGAUGAUGGUUCAGAAAUGGUGGCGGAUCAUGUCAUUGUGACAGUGUCUUUGGGGGUUCUCAAAGCUGGGAUUCGGGAAAAAUCAGGUAUGUUCAGUCCUCCGCUUCCCUCCUUCAAGACUGAAGCUAUUUCCAGGCUUGGUUUUGGGGUUGUAAACAAGUUGUUUCUGCAAUUGGAUCGAGAAAGUGAGAAUCUUGAAACGUUUCCCUUCCUGCAAAUGGUGUUUCACCGGUCUGAUUCGGAAGCCAGAAACCAGAAGAUUCCCUGGUGGAUGCGUAAAACAGCUUCACUCAUUCCAAUCUACAAGAACUCUGAUGUAGUCCUCUCUUGGUUUGCUGGGGAAGAAGCUCUAGAGCUCGAGUCACUCAAAGAUGAUGAAAUUCUAAAUGGAGUCUCCAGUACAGUCUCUAGUUUCUUGUCAGAUUCUAAGCCCAAAAACAGCAAUGGAUGUGUGAAUUCUGUGGAGUGCAAUAAUAGUCAUGGGAAGAAGAUAAAGUUCAGUAGGGUUCUAAGGAGCCAAUGGGGAAGCAAUCCUUUGUUCAUGGGUUCUUACAGUUAUGUAGCAGUGGGGUCGAGCGGCCAUGAUUUUGAUUUAAUGGCAGAGCCAUUGCCACAAAGUAGCAACAGUGACUUUGUUGAAGGAGCUUCUCCUCCUCCUCUUCAAAUUCUAUUUGCAGGGGAAGCUACAUACAGAACACACUAUUCUACCACCCAUGGAGCUUAUUUCAGUGGUCUAAGGGAAGCUAAUAGACUCCUACAACAUUAUCCCUUGCACCAUUAGAACAGUAGAAUUCUUAAAAGAUCUUC